AUGCCAGCUAAAGUUUGGUGGCCAGGGAGAGUGGCACAUGUAUGCACAGAUCAUGAUGAAAUCACCAUAUUUAUAAAAUCUGAUGAGGCAGAGCAGAUGGGAAGUGAUGAAACUACUGAGCAGGUUCACAGGCAGAUGGGAAGUGAUGAAACUACUGAGCAGGUUCACAGGCAGAUGGGUAGUGAUGAAACUACUGAGCAGGUUCAUAGGCAGAUGGGAAGUGAUGAAACUACUGAGCAGGUUAACAGGCAGAUGGGAAGUGAUGAAACUACUGAGCAGGUUCACAGGCAGAUGGGAAGUGAUGAAACUACUGAGCAAGUUCACAGGCAGAUGGGAAGUGAUGAAAUUACUAAGCAGGUUCGAAGGCAGAUGGGUAGUGAUGAAACUACUGAGCAGGUUCACAGGCAGAUGGGAAGUGAUGAAACUACUGAGCAGGUUCACAGGCAGAUGGGAAGUGAUGAAACUACUGAGCAGGUUCACAGGCAGAUGGGAAGUGAUGAAACUACUGAGCAGGUUCACAGGCAGAUGGGAAGUGAUGAAACUACUGAGCAGGUUCACAGGCAGAUGGGAAGUGAUGAAACUACUGAGCAGGUUCACAGGCAGAUGGGUAGUGAAGAAACUAUUGAGCAGGUUCACAGGUAG